AUGUCCCAUAAACUUCCUGGCGUUUUACCUAUUUACCACAUACGAAAGGCGCCUCUCUCGCUAUUCUGUCUGUAUGAAGGAAACCCGAUUGGCGACCCAGGAUUCCAAGGCCAUUUCUUGGGUCUUUCUCCUGCAUUGAUGCCUCUCGUUCACAGUGGAAGAAAUUCACCUUUGAGUUCAAUGCUAUUGGAUUCUGGCUUGGGUAUGCCCAUGAGUCCUGCGGCUCUUUCUUUGCAACACAGCAUGAUGCAGAAUAAUUUGCUCAACGAUCUGAAGACUUUGCAAGAGCUUGGAAACCUUCAGAAAUCUGCCAUCUAUGCGAAGGAAACAGGAAAGAGGGUUGUUAAAGCCACCGCUUCCAAGGCUUACAAGAAGCAGCUUAUCCGACCUGCAAAGAAGGUUGGCAAGCCUGGAAGCGGCCCUCUCCCACCGCCACCAUCUUUGUUGUCGAUAAAGCAGUGGCAAAAGAUCAAGAUUCAACUUGAUACCGGCAAGCCCAAGUACAACCCUGCCGCUUAG